CUGAGUCCCGGCGGGCCCCUCGCUGCCAUAUAAUGGGCAACUUGGGCAAUGAUUAAUAUCCCGCCCCCGGUCAGGGCACCGCGCGGUGCCAGCUGGCUCCGGAACGAGCGAGCGCAUCCAACAGGACCAGCCUUUCUCUCUGUUAAGAGAGGGACAGCAGAAAGCGCGACGAGCCGCCGCCGCCGCCCCAAGCUAGGCAGAGAAGUGGGGAGGCGAAGCGGAGAGAGACACCCCACCCCCGCAGCAACCACCCAAACACUCCGGUUUGGAUCCAAGAGGGAAUCGGGCGAAGCGAGAGCGCGCGAAGCCCCCGGCUCCGGAUCCCAGACGGCAGCAGGAAGGAAGAGGGAAGCGCGCGUCCGGAGCGCAGGAGCGGUGCGCACAGCUUACAAAGGCGGUCAGAGCCCGAUCCCGGGAGAAGACCUCAGCACCUGGACGAUCCUCGAGUGGGGCACAAAGCCAGCCCUGGAAGGGGCGUGCAGGACUCUCCCUGCCCCGAGGUGAGGCACGGAAAAGCGAAGGGGGCGCACGUCUUCUUCGCCCAUCCCGGCGCAAGAGCGCACGCCCCGGGGUCCCGUAAGAGGGCCGCGGGGCUCUGAGCGGAGCAAACCGGGCACCCUCCUGCUCUUCUUCUUCGCGCAAAGGGGCGCACGUAGCUUCUCUCCGGUCCCCGGCCUGCUCGGCGCUGUGGAGAGAGCUCCGACGGGCGGCGGCGCCGAUGAGCGUGGCUCCGGGCGCGCAGCUCUUCGCCGGCUCGGCGGAGCUGCCGGAGAAAGCCAUGGCCGAACUCAAGUCCUUGGGCGGAGAGUCGUACCUGGCUCUGGCGCAGAGCUACAAUCAGACGGCGUUCGCCUACGGCGCAGUGCGAGGCGGCGAGGCCAUGCGCGGGUACCCCGGCGGCGCGGGCGGCCUGGACUUCCAUGCCGCGCAGUUGGGGAAGUCGGCGGAGAGCAGCGGCGAGCAGAGCUGCGACGAGGAGGACGCCUUCGACGGCGCCAAGGAGGGCAGCCCGGCGUUUGAGCGCGACGGCAAGCUGAAGGCGCCCGGUGCCCUCGGGGGGACCAAGAAGCCCAAGGAGCAGCGCUCGCUGCGCCUCAGCAUCAACGCCCGCGAGCGGCGCAGGAUGCACGACCUGAACGACGCCCUGGACGGCCUGCGCUCCGUCAUCCCUUACGCGCACAGCCCGUCGGUGCGCAAGCUCUCCAAAAUCGCCACGCUCCUCCUGGCCAAGAACUACAUCCUGAUGCAGGCGCAGGCCCUGGAAGAGAUGCGGCGCCUCGUGGCCUACCUCAACCAAGGCCAGACUCUCAGCACGCCCAUCCCGGCCGCGCUGGCCCCCUUCGGACAGUCGGCCGCCGUCUACCCUUUCACGGGCGCUGCUUUGGCCAGCUGCCCCGAGAAAUGUACUGCCUUCCCCGGGGCCACCUCUGGCCUUUGCAAACACUGCAACGAAAAACCUUGAUGUAGCCGUUUGACCUUAGAACAAACUCCAAAAAAAACCCCCACCCGACUUCCCUUUUCACUCCAUCAGCCCCGCCUUCUCGCCAUCAGUUAAGUUGCAAUUUUUUUGCUUUCAGCUGCUUUCCCGGCUUCUUUUGCUUUCCAUCGUCUCCCCUGUGAAAAUAAUCCGGAUUCUCCUUCCUCACCUUUCCAUACACACCUGCAAACCAUGGUUUAAUCAUUUCACCGUCUUCCCCAAACUCUCUGUAGAUCCCCCCCCUUUCCUCUUUCAGAUCUGUCAUGGAUUAAUUUUGUGCAUAACUUUUUAUUGCUACUACUAUUAUUAUUAUUCUCGUUUUGAGGCUGCCUUAAGCCAGGCUUUGAAAUAUGUCUCUAUACCUAGAGUAAAAGAGAAGGGGAGGUUUUGGAAAGGAAACUGCAGUGAGAGUCUCUCUGGAAUGAACCGACUUGUGUACAAACUAUGCAAUGUUUACAGAAUGCAAAAGUUACUAAAAAUGGAAAAUAUCCUCCAGAUAUAAUUGGCAGUAUCUGUACAAUCAAACAUUCAAAUGACACCUGAUCUUUCUAUUUUUUAUUUACAUUUUCAUUUUGGGUGCUGCUUGUGAAAUUCAAGAAGGCUUCUUAAUGGGUUGGUCAACUAAUUUAUACACACACAUAUUUUUAAACAUUGAACCCAUUCUUGGACUUUUGACUACAGUCUUUCUAUUGUACGCUGUUGCCUGCUCUCUCUCUCUCUCUCGCU